GAGCGCGUUGCUACUAUCAACAACAUGGCGACAUCACACGUGAUUUCGGACAUUCGGAUCAGACACCGACAUCAAAAGGAACCAACACAGAAUGACGGCAGUGAUGCUACUAGUUAUAGUUAUACUCUGUGAUUGUGAUCUCACUCACUUUAAUACAUUUCGAUAGCUGGAAACAACUGGAAAGAUGACAGAAACUUGGCGUCUGGAUAUUUUGCCGAACGACGUGUUGCUAACAAUCUUCGAUUAUUGUAAUGAAUACGAUUUGUUGCGACUCAGCGAAGUAUGCAAGCGAUUUUACGAGAUCAUACGCUCAGAUACUGCCUGGGCCAAGAAGAGUAAGAAAUUUCUCGUCACGAAUCAAAUGUCAGAAAGAUUUCGUAAAAGGUGUUUCAUGAUAUUGCAUCCACGUGCAACAUGGUUCGUAUCUUACAACUGGCAUUAUGGAAUAUACAAGAGACGAACGAUAAUCACACAAAAAAAAAGGCUGAUGCCAUACUUGAAACUGACAAAUAACGUGGUCUGGUGGGGAGGAGGUAAUAAACUUAUUGGCUUUGAGCGCGACGACGGAGUAAUGCUAGAUUACAACUUCGACUGGUGCUAUAACCCAGAAAGUUAUAUAGGAGGUGACAUCUGCAAAUUCGUUCUUUGGAAAAACUUCGUCAUAUGCGGCUAUACAAAUGGUACUAUAAACUACUUUUUGGUGAAAGGCGGCAAAAGGAAAUGUCGUAUCAUAAAGAAGCUCCUAAACAAUCAUUCUUGUGUCAAUGCCAUAGAUGCCACAUCAGAAAACAUUAUUGCGGGUUUGGAAUGUGGCGAAAUAAAGAUACAGAGACAUCCAAAUAUGGAUAUGCCUGAAAAAAAGAUUUACAAUGAAAGUGAGAUUUGUAUAAGUCUAACGGAUAAAGUACGAUCGCUCUCAAUUGAUCCCAUGGGAGUAAAAUUUGCCGUCGGCUCAUCUGGAAUUACUGACAUUCCACCACUACACAUAAUUGAUAUUGAAUGUUACACAUCAGUCGACACAAUGCAGCACGAGUGGAAACACGGCGCUGGAAUAUUAGAUAUGGUAUGGGACGAUCCCAACACUUUGCUCACUUGUGGCUACGAUACAUACAUCCGAAAAUGGGACUUAAGAACUGGAAGAUGCGUUUGUUCGUGGGCAGAUCCAACCGACGCAACAUUAUAUUGUAUCUCAUCUGAUCAUCAGUAUAGCAUGAUAACAGGAACGCAGUAUAAUUGUUUAGCUGUUUUGUGGGAUCAAAGAAAGAAUGAUUUCGUUCAGUUAUAUUAUGUGAAUACGAAGCCAUCAUCUCAACGCAGUCCGAUAUAUUCUGUACAAUUUGAUAGCACACGUCUGUAUUGCGCUACAGAUAAACACAUGAUCGAAAUGGACUUCUCAGUUGGUGCAUAUCAAAAAUUUGAUUACAAAUCGAUGUAUAUUCCAUCACGUGGAUUGCUGAGUAGCUGUAUAUAGAUUUGAAUGAAAUAUUCCAUGCUGGAAGUUAAAUUACAAUUUGUGAUGAAAGGGAGAGAGAGAGAGAGAGAGAAAUAAAGAAAAUAUGAAGAAUAAAACCAAAUCCUGAUAGCA